AUGUUCGAAAAUUUUACUUUCGGCGCGGCUCCGGUCAAUUUUGAUCAAUGCGACAAUGAUGUGCAGCCAUCGCCAAGGGACGACUCUUUUCCUGUAUCAUCAUCACCUGCCACCAGCUCAUAUCCCUUCUUCGAGGAUUACAAUCCUUCGUCGCCGCUUGAUGAUAUCAUUAAUCAGUUUCGAAAGCAAUCUCUUUCCUAUGAAGAUGCAAGAGAUAUACAGGCUCGGCAAUGCACAUCUCCAACGCCUUCGUUAUCAGCAGAUUCGGAAAUGUCUUCUCCAACCAAUUCCACACGAUCUGUACCAACUACGCCUACUUCCCCUUACCGGGCUGGAGUAUUAGCCUGUCGGAGGCUACAACGCCAACUUAAUGUGCAACUACAAUGUUCCACCACUCACGUUCGCGAUAUCAGCACAUUAGUCGAAGAUAUGCUUAGCAACAAUUCCCAAUGCAAUUUGCGCAAGUCAUCAUCAAAACUCAGCCUUGUGCCUUCGCCCAUCUCGGCUCUGGUAGUCGACCAUAGUACACAAAAUGAUUGGAAUGAUAUUGAGAUUGAGAAAGCGAGGAGAAGAUGGUUAAAUACUGUCGUUAAUGACGUUGACGAGGCAUACAUGGAAGAAGAAAGCUGGGACAGGGGAAAAUGUUCUUUGUCACUUAGGAGAGCAAGUACGCCUAGUGGAAUUAGGAAGCAAGGCUUGAGGUGCAGGACAAGCAUGGAAAGUGUAGGAGGGGGUAGAAUGAAGGUUGCUAAGGCACCAAGAAUGAGGAUAAGAAAGUGA